AUGAACUCGGGACCAGAGCCCCGGACACCCCGGACAUUAUUCAGCAUCGCCGACAUCCUAGGCCCGCGCCUGAUCCCCCGAGGACCCUCUACGUCCCAGCUUCCAGAGUCGAGUCCUGAUCCCACGUCGCCUCUGUGCGCGCUGGAGGAGCUGACUAGUAAAACUUUCCGCGGAUUUGACUGGCACGCUCCGGAGCCCUCUGAAGGCCGCGCCGCCCCGAGUGCUCUGGGCCCUGGCCAGGCUGGCCGCAGACGGCGAAAGUCACGCACGGCGUUCACUGCGCAGCAGGUGCUGGAGCUGGAGCGACGCUUCGUCUUCCAGAAGUACCUGGCGCCUUCCGAGCGCGACCGGCUGGCGGCGAGGCUCGGCUUGGCCAACGCACAGGUUGUCACGUGGUUCCAGAACCGGCGAGCCAAGCUCAAGCGCGACGUGGAGGAGAUGCGCGCCGACGUGGCCUCGUUGCGCACGCUGUCCCCCGAAGUUCAGUGCCGCCUCUCGCUGCCUGACGGCACCCCACGCCCCGUCCCUGGCCGGCCUGACUCCGGGCCCCACCUGUCAGAAGAGGAGAUAAAGGUGGACUAA